GCGUUCACGACGGGAGUGUGCGCGCGCGUGGUGGAAAUGGUAGCAAGAUGGCGGCGUUGAAGGAGGAACAGUGCUACGGACUGUCCUGUGGAAGAGUGAGCAAUGGCAGUAAUGUAUCCGUCUUUCACGUUAAACUAACUGACAGCGCGUUGCGAGCGUUUGAAGGUUACCAAGGCACCAAGGGCCUCCCGACAGAACCUUUGAUUCGAUUUACUGGAAACCAAGGGAAAAUCUCAAUACCGCGACCGGAAAAUCCAAGCGAGCUGCGGACGUUUACUUUCUACCUGUCUAACGUGGGGAGGGACAACCCCCAGGGCAGCUUCGACUGCAUCCAGCAGUUCACCACCAGCGAAGGCAGCAUUCAGCUGGACUGCCUGGCCGGGAUCCAGGACAAGAUCACGGUGUGCGCCACCGAUGACUCGUACCAGAAGGCCCGCCAGAGCAUGGCGCUGGUGGAGGAGGAGACCCGCAGCCGGGGGGCCAUCGUCAUCAAGCCUGGCGGGAGAUACGUCGGCAAGAAGGUUCAGAUCCGGAAACCGGCUCCCGGCCUGUCGGACGUGGCGCCGUCUCGGAGGACGUCGCGGCCCGUCAUCAUCUCCAGCACGGCCCUGAAGAAGAGCGCCGCGCAGCAGAGGCCGCUGAGGGAGCGCCUCAUCCACCUGCUGGCCCUGAAGCCCUACAGGAAACCAGAGCUCAUCCUCCGGCUGCAGAAGGACGGCCUCUCGCAGGCCGACAAGGAGACUCUGGACAGCCACCUGCAACAGGUGGCGAACCUAAACGGCAAAGAUAACACCUUCACAUUGAAGGACUCUUUGUUUAAAGACCUUCAGAAGGACUGGCCAGGCUACACAGAGGGCGAUCAGCAGCUUCUCAAGAGAGUCCUCGUUCGGAAAAUGUGCCAGUCCCAGAACACUCCUGUGACCGCACCCCCUCCCGGACCCCCUCCGGCCCCCCCAUCUGAGAACCCCGUGAGCCCGCCCAAAGAGCUGGCCAGCCACUCCCCAUCUCAGAAACGACCCGCUGGCGACUUCAUCGACCCUCUGGCCAACAAGAAGCCUCGGAUAUCUCACCUGGUCAGCAAGGCUGCCGCCGGCCCGCCCAACGGAAAGCUCACCUCAUCCAACGGCAAGGAGGCGGGCGGGGGCAGAGUCAUGACGACGAGCAGCUCCCAGCAGCUCCCCCUGCUAGACAUUCCGCGCCCCUUCGACCCGCUGUCCGACGUCAGCAACGACUCGAGCCACAACGGCCGGGACUGCGAGAGCCAGGAGGCGGCGCUGUCGGAGCGGCUCGGCCCGCAGCCCUCCCCCUUCUCGGGGCCCGGCGCCACGGCCGGCGCCGCCUCUCUCGCCGUGCCCGGCCUGGGGCCCGCGUCCCCGGGCCGCACGGGCCUCGCCGCGCCCCGGGACAAGAGUCCGUCCCUGCACAGCAAGUCCAAGAAGAAGUCGAAAAAACACAAAGACAAGGACAAGAGCAAGGAGCGGGAGCAGGAGAAGGAGAGGAGGACGGCGGCGGCGGCGGCGGCGGCGGCGGCGGCGGCGGCGGCGGCGGCGGAGCCCAAGCGGAGCUGUGACCUCAUCAGCUCCAGUCCAGAGAACGCCAAGAGCAGUAUUCCACACAGAAGCACAGAUAUCAACGGAAUGUUCAACAAUAGCAGUAUUCCCUCGUCCUCAUCUGAGAUGGCAGAUUAUACGACGAAGUACCUGGUGAUUGGCUCCCCGGAACAGCGGCAGACGUAUAAGACGGACUUCAACGCGGAGUACAGCGAGUACCGGGGACUGCACGCGCGGAUAGAGGGCGUCACCCGGCAGUUCUCCGUCCUGGACACUGAGCUCAAGCAGCUCCCCCAAGGCACAGACAAGUACAAGACAAUCCACGAUCAGAUACUUCAAGAGUAUCGCAAAAUAAAAAAGACUAACCCAAACUAUAGCCAAGAGAAGAAUCGCUGUGAAUAUCUACACAACAAACUGGCGCACAUAAAGAAACUUAUAGCCGAGUACGAUCAACUGCACCCACAAAACUGGCACUAGCUAGGCGUUGCUUCCGUAUUCUCAGUCAGAGGAAGGAAAACUCUGGAUUGUGCUUUUGCUCUAAAAACAAAUUGAAAAAAAAAACGAAAUAAAAAACCGAUGAAAGAUGCCAUGAAGGGUGACUUCCCUUCAUUGGGGCCAAAAGCACUAGUGAUGAAAAAGCAGAUUCUAUUUUUUUCUUUCUCUCUCCCUCUUCCUCCCUUUUUAUUUUUCCAGAGACGGGACGUUGGCUGUUGUCGGCCGCCGGCCCUCUGUCACUACACUGCUUCACAGAAAUGACCCAGUGUGGCCUCUUGUUUUUAUUUGGUUUCUCUUCUCCCGAGCUCUCCUUAUCAUGCACAGAGAUCUUUCAGAGAGUAGACUUGGAAUGGUCCACAGUGACUCUAGGGAGAUCUCCCAGUAGUCUCCCAAUGGUUGGGUCUCCAAUUCGGGAGUAUUUUGGUGGGGGAGGAGACGAAGUCUGCAGAACGCCAAAUACUAUCCUUUGAGAAGAGAAAUACAAGAAGAAUGAAAUGGAUGAUAUCAGUUUUCCCGCUUAUACUGAAACGGACGGUGGUGAAGCUGAAAUUAUUUUUUGUAUUUAUUUUUUGACAUGGGGUUAAGAGUCUGUUAGGAUUUUACUGUACACUCCUCUCCAUAUCAGUGCUAAAAGCAGUAUCUCUUUUGUUUUGUUUUUGUCUUCAGAUCUUGAAAGUCAGCCAGUAUUUAUUCAAAAGAGGCCUUGGCCAUCCAGUUAUCAAUCUUGCUCACUUUUCCUUUUUAUAAAGAGGUACCGAUAGACCUAUUGAUCUAACUGAAGAGAACGCUACUCGAUGAACAAAGUCAGGCACAGGUUUCUGCUCGACUUUUCUUAAAUUAUGUGCAGAUGUCUUAACAAGGGGAGCAUGUUGUAAAAGUUGGGCUUUGAGAAGCUGUGAAGUACUGCCCCCCCACCCCUUCCCCCCUCCCCUUCCCUUUUGACUAGCUGCAACGCUUGUCCAUCAAAUGUUCUUGGAUAUUCUUUCUUUUUUUUUUGCUUCCCUCUUUUGGUCACUAAAGCCCAAUCCCAUUUCUACCCCUUACCCCUCCCCCUU